CAAUCGUUGGAUUGAAAGCGCUGGUAUCUCACUCUGUGCACGCCAAUUCAGUGUCUGUGGCUGGGGAACUCUGUCAGUCGCUGGGGGUAUUCCCUGUUUUAUUCUAUUUAUUUUUCACACCCGCGUUUCGCACCAGUGAAACGUCGCUUUCCCCAUGAAACCGUCGUCCCUAACAUGGCUCCCAACCCUAUGGUUGGCUCUCUGGUGGAGUCACCUGAGCGCGGGGCUCGAACUAGAGAUCCAGAGUGAUGAAUCCCUCAAGAAGGCCGCCAGCUCGGCGGCAUGGAGCAUGAUGUCCACGUAUAAAGCCAACGAAACGGAUAACCCAGGCAAGCUCGAAGGCACCUGGUGGGAAGCCGCCGGCAUGUUCCUGCAUCUGAUCCAGUACUACCACGUCACUGGCGAUGACACCUACAACAAAGACACCACCGAGGGCAUGCAGGAGCAAUCCGGCGAGGACCAGGACUACCGACCCAAGUCAGAACUCGCCUGGCUAGGAAACGACGAUCAAAUGUUCUGGGGCGUCGCCGCCAUCACAGCCGCGGAGCUCAAGUACCCCGAAGAUCCCAAGGGCGCGUCCUGGCUGGCCCUGGCGCAAGCGGUGUUCAACACGCAAAAGCCCGCGUGGGACCCCGCCGCCUGCGGUGGCGGAUUGCGCUGGCAGAUGCACUCGGUCAAACCCGGAUACGACCUCAAGAACAGUAUCUCCAACGGCGGGUUGUUCCAGAUUGCGGCCCGGUUAGCCCGCUACACCUCCGACGAUGAGUACGUGGAAUGGGCGAACAAGAUCUGGGACUGGUCGGUGUCGGUGCCGCUUAUCAACGACGAGACCUGGUACGUCGCCGACUCGACGAGUACCAAAGAUGGGUGCAAGUCGGCUGGGCGUGAGCAGUGGACUUAUACCUAUGGGACGUAUCUCAUUGGGUCGGCGUAUAUGUACAAUCAUACCAAAGACGAGAAAUGGCUGAAGCGUGUGAACGGCCUGCUGGACGCGACGCUGGACCAGUUCUGGCCGCAAAAAUACUUCGGGUACAAUCCCAAGGGAGAGACGCUGAUCGAAGUCGGCUGUGAAAAACCCGGCAACUGCGACAACAAUAUGAAGACGUACAAGGGCCUGCUGGGAUCUUGGCUGGCGUUCGUCGCCCGGGUGGUGCCCACCACACGGGACCGCAUCACGCCGAAGCUGGAGGGCGCCGCGCGGGCGGCGGCCAAGUCGUGCACGGGCUCCAAACAUAACGAGUGCGGCAUGCGGUGGUACGAGGACAAGUACGACGGGAAUGGUGGCAUGGAGCAGGAUAUGAGUGCGCUGAGCAUGUUCACGGCGAACUUGAUUCUGCGCAUGGACGAUGACCCGGUCACGUCGAAGACUGGCGGAGAUAGCAAGAGUGACAAGAAUGCGGGCAUGGUGAACCAUGAUGACGACGAUAAGGACAAGCUGAAGCCCAUCACGGCGGGAGACAAGGCGGGGGCUGCGAUUGUGACGUUUGUGAUGUGUGGGGGGUCGCUUGCGUUGGCGGGAUGGGUAUUCUGGGGGGAGUUUUUCUAA